AGCUAACUUAUUAUGUUUGUUGACAUGCUUUAUAUUUUUUUAGCUAAAUUAUUGUGUUUAUAAUUUUUUUUUAUUAUAUGGCUGAUCCAACCAGGUAAUCCAAACCGGUCCCUCGGCCGAGUCAAUGUUCAAUCCGGUUUUGAUCAUGGUUGUCAAAAUCUCGUUCAAGAUCUUAGGAUCUUAUGAUACGACGAUCCGAAAUAUACAAAUCGAUCUAAAUCUCUUGUAGAAUCCCAAAUUGAUAGGAAAUGAAUCGUGGCCCGGAUCUUAUAGGAUCAUAGAAUUCCUAUCCGAAUUGUGAUUUUACUCAUCCUAUUACUAGUUGUUAAGUUUGCUUGUUAGGUGCAUUUAGUUAUUAAGAUUGUUUUAAUACUUAAAGACUCAAUCUAAAUGUGAUUCUCUCGUAUACAUUUAGAUUCUCUUCUAUAAUUGUCAGUCGAUUAUGAAAUUCUAGCGGAUGAGAAAAGCUACAUGAAGUUCAUUUCACUAUCAAAAUCUCUAUUCAUUUGUUUGUCUCUCUCAUUGAAAAGAAAAAACAACUGUUAGGUUUGAUCUCACAAGUGAUAAUUGUCAAAUAGUCAUUUAUUUUCACUCCUAUUUUUUUUUUUGAUGUUGAAUUGUUAAAAGUUGUUUAUUCAACAAUUUCUCAACUUUGCGGGCUCUCAUUUAUAUUUGUCUCUCUAAAAAUUAAGAUCAAAUACUUAAAUUUUUCUACUUCUCACAACAUCUCACGAGAUUCAUAGUCUGCCUUUGAUUUUUAACUAUUCAAAACUGAGACUGUAGUUUCCCAAAUUCUAAUCAUAUUUCUAAGUUUUUUGUUUUAUAUAACACUUGAUGUACAUAUAUGCUAGCCUUGCAUAUAUUUUGUUCCUUGUUUUUUUAAUUUGUAGGAACUUCGAUUUAUGUGAAUUUUUGCUUUAUCAGUUUGACUGUGAUUGUGACUGAUUUUCAUUGUGACUUUCUAAUUUAUGCUUUAUCAAUUGUGGUUGUGAUUGUGAACAUGUUUGAUAUUUUUUGCUUUUAUUUGACUCAUCAUGUAUAAAAUAUGGUAUUGUUAUAAAUAUCAUAUUUUUUACCUUAAUUAUUAUGUGUUAUUAUUAUUUUUAUAUUCUUAUCAUCUGACUGGUCUGACCAGUUGACCACAUAAUGUAUGUUGUUGAAUGCAUCGGAAGGAUCAUAUAAUUCUUUUACAUGCUAGUUGUAUGAUAUCUUAUUUCCUUCAUGUAGACAAUAUCAUGUACUGUAUCAGUUUUUUAUUCUUUUUGUGAAGGACUCAUUAUAUGAGUUCUUAUAUGGAAUUUUCUUCUGUUAAACACAUCCUUAUGGAGGAAUUCAUUAUUUUUAGAUUUCCAUAUUGAGCUUACACCAUUUUUCCCAUCUUGUUCAACUUUUGCUGCAGGUUUUUCUGAAGGAGGAAGGUAAAGAUGCUACAAAAUGUUCCACACCAAAUUGUACAAUCACCAGCCAGAUUAGGCCUACCCAACCAUAAUUCGCCGUCUCUUCAAAACCAAACCCCUCCCAAAUUCUCCUCUCAAACUUCUCAAUCUCAUCACUCCCAUCACCAAGGGAAUGUGUCAAGUACAACCACCACCUCCUCAACCCUCCUUCCUCUCCUACCACCUCUAUCUAGAGCGCAAUCUCUUCUCCUCCAAAUGGCUUCCCUUGCCUCCAGACUCUUUGAAGUCUCUCCAAAUCGGCCCCAUUGGCUUAGUGCCUUCCGUGGCUCCCUUCCUUCCUUUCUAUCUUCCCAAACCCAAUCCUUGACACCAACUCCACCAGACUUCUUGCCUUCCUCCACCAAAGAAAUCCUUUCUCUUUUCACAACUCUUCAAACUCAGCUCUUUGAGGCUGUUGCAGAACUUCAAGAAAUUCUAGAUCUGCAAGAUGCUAAGCAGAAACUCACCCGUGAUAUUCGGUCCAAAGAUUCUGCAAUGCUUGCCUUUGCCAACAAACUUAAAGAAGCUGAGCGGGUUCUUGACAUCCUUGUAGACGAUUACUCUGAUUAUCGCCGUGCCAAACGUUCAAAGUCUGAGGAUGAUAUAGACAAUUCUUGUACCACAACCGUUUCAACUCAGCUAAAUUUAUCUGACAUUUUGUCAUAUGCCCAUAGGAUAAGCUACACAACUUUUGCGCCACCAGAAUUUGGUGCUGGUCAGGCUCCUCUCCGUGGGGCACUCCCACCUGCUCCACAAGAGGAGCAAAUGCGUGCAUCUCAAUUAUACAGCUUUGCUGAUCUAGAUGUUGGUUUACCCAAGUCCGUCGAAAGUGAGGAGAAAACAAUUGAGCCACUCAUUGAAACAGCAGCUAUGCAACCAGUAGAAUCCAAUCCACUUGCUAAUCUGCCUGCACUUCAGGGCCUGAUUCCUCCAAAUAUUGUGGUACCAUCAGGAUGGAAACCUGGGAUGCCUGUGGAGUUGCCUAGCGAUAUGCCUAUUCUUCCUCCGCCUGGAUGGAAGCCUGGUGAUCCAGUUGCACUGCCCCCGUUGGAUUCUCUUCCUGUUCCUCAUAGGAUCGAAGAGCAACAACCACGACUCAUUCCUGCUCAAGGAUUGGCGAAGGCACCUGAGCCAAUACAGGUUCGGCAUGUGCAGCUUGAUAUUGAUGACGACAGUAGUGAUUAUAGCAGUGAUGAGGUGAGUUCUGAUAGUGAAGAUUGACUGUCAGCCAAGUUUCUUCUUUCUGCUUGGUAUAAUUUUUUGCUUUAGAUAGGAAUGCUAGAGGCCUCCAAGGGUUGUGCCAGUCCUCCACUAUGGAAAACCAAAUUUGUAACUGAUUCCAGUGCAGGAAUCGAUCAAUUUUACCUAAAAACUUUUUUUUUUCAAUGUUUGGCUUUCUUUGUAACAUAUACAAAGUAGUUGUUGGAGUAAACAUGGAUUAUCGUUGAAAUUUCAAUCUACAUCCGACCAAAUGA